AUGUCCAGUGGGGAUGCCAGCACAAGCAAAGAAGCAGCGGCAGCGAGUGCAGGUGCCGGUGUGAAUGCUAAAGCUCGUGCGAACCUACUGAGCGGGUUGAAAGACGGCUCGCUUGACAAGCUGGUGAGCAACAUGCCAGACGAGGGCAAAACAGGCGCAGAGAGCAGUGAAGCCAACGCAGCAGCAGGAGCAGCAGCUGGUGACCGCGCUGACAAAGGCUUGUCCAAUGCUGAUAGCAGCGCAAGCAAGGCAGCCGCAGGUCCAGAUGCCGAUGCGAAGGUUCAAGCUGACAACAGAUUACCACGCGUGCUUGGAGAUGGCGCUGCUGUUUCCAUUCCGGCUACCUCAGCUGGUGAUGUAAAGGUCCACCUUGCACCCGGAGUCACGACAGACCAAGCCGAGACGGGAGGCAUGUCUCCUACUGCCUCUUCGCCUCGAGGCAGCGGGGACAAUGGCGAGCCUGGGGAACCCAAACAGGACCUCCGGAGUCUGAGAAGGAAGACACGGCAGUCACGAUUUCAGCAGGUGUUCCUGCAGAAGCCCGACAAGCGCGAGUCCAUCCAAAGCCGGGCAUCUGGAGCGCGGUCAUCCAACCCCAAUGAAACGCAGACGCAAUAG